AGGCAAAGCAAAAGUCACCUCCGACGGUUCGACCUCACGCGUUUCUCGAGGAAGACACUCCGUCUCUUCCUUUCCUACUAUCCCCGAUCACUUAAUCGAGGACGCUAUGACGGAUGAAGAAUUCGACCAGAUUUAUUCUGGUAGAGGGGACGCAAAUCUCCCCACUCUUGAUAGUGUAUUCGAAGAUAUUGAUGAAGCAAAUCUGGAUAAUCUGGACGGGGACGAUGAGCCUACACCGCAGAGCAACGACGUCGACGUGGAGGCAGGUGAGCCCGCGACCUCUCGAGGUCCGGAUAAAGGUAAAAAAAAUAUAAAUCAGAGUUAUUUGUUUAUCAUUUUGACAAAGAAACAAAAGAUGGCGUAGUUUAUGGAACUUGUAAACAUUGUGGGACCGUCAUAAAAAUGGGAGUCUCCGGCGGUUAUGGCGGUCCGGAAAAACACCUAAGGUCGAGGCAUCCCGUGGAGUUUGCCAAAUACGAGGCAAAAAAGAAGGGACGACAAGAAGUGCAAACCCAAAUUUCUCGGUUUGCUAACAGAGGUAAGGGCGGCCUUUUUGCUUAUAGCGACGAGCAAAAUAAGCAAAAAAUGGCCGAAAUGAUUUGUGAAGAAAAUUUGCCAUACAUG